AUGCAAAAGUCCAAAAACACCAAAGAGGAGGAGGAAAGUAGGCUCAGCAAUCUGCAUAAGUUAAGAAAAGCUGGUGGUGACCAUAGUGAAACAUUUGGCAAUGUAGACAACUGUUCAGACGAGUGUAGUCAAGGGGCCAAUGUAGAGCAGCAGCAGGUGUUGAUGCCACAGGAAAAGAAACUGCUCAUGAAAGCCUUGGUAAGCAUUGAUGAGAGUGAUGGGUGGUGUUUCUCAUCCAUGUACAUAGAAUCCUCAGAUCAGGUUGAUGGAUUUUUUGGCAAAAGAAGUGGACCUUUGUGGUAUUUCAAGAUGUUUGCUGUUCUUGAACCAAACCAGUGA